AUGGUUCGCCUUCCAUUUCCUCUAUCUGACCUCAUGAAGACUAUAGAUCUCUUCAAGGACCUCGUCGACGACGAUCAGUGGCGCACACAACUGCGAUUCAGCAGGGUUAGCGGAGACGUGCGUUUAAAUCGUGAGGUGAGCCCGGACAUAGAGGGUGAAAACGGCAUCAUAGAAGAUGAUCAGCAAAUUCUGAUUCGGUCACUCCAACGUACCACAAUGGCUACACCGAUAGUAUUCAACGAAGUAGCCAGCGAGGAGUACAGAUGGAAGCUAAGUCGAAAAUCCAGUAGAAUGCUAGCUUCAAUGGCAUAA